AUGGGCGAAUAUUUCUUCAAUAUUGAUCACGGCUAUUUGGAGGGUUUAGUUCGAGGAUUCAAGGAAGGUAUCCUAACACAAACCGAUUAUGCCAAUCUUGUCCAGUGCGAAACUCUUGAAGAUCUGAAACUUCAUAUUCAAUCAACAGAUUAUGGAAGUUUUUUGGCAAACGAACCAGGUUCAAUAACAGUUCAGGUUAUUGAUGAGCGAUUGAAAGAAAAGUUAGUAACGGAAUUUACACAUUUUCGAAACAAUGCCUUGGAGCCCUUGUCCACAUUUCUGGACUAUAUAACAUACUCAUAUAUGAUUGAUAACAUCAUUUUGCUUAUCACGGGGACAUUGCACCAGCGACCAAUCAAUGAGCUUAUCUCGAAAUGUCAUCCUCUUGGUUCUUUUGAGCAGAUGGAAGCUAUUCAUAUCGUUUCAACACCAGCUGAACUUUAUAAUGCUGUGCUUGUGGACACUCCUCUAGCGGCGUACUUUGUUGAUUGUAUCAACGAACAGGAUUUAGAUGAAAUGAAUGUGGAAAUAAUUCGUAAUACUCUAUAUCGCUCCUACUUAGAAGACUUCUACAAAUUUUGCAAACGUUUAGGAGGGAAGACAGCAGAAGUUAUGGGUGAAAUUCUUGCGUUUGAAGCGGAUCGGCGCGCCAUCAUAAUAACAAUCAAUAGUUUUGAUACCGAAUUAUCUAAGGACGAUCGAGCCAAGCUUUAUCCACGAUGUGGAAAGCUUUAUCCUGAAGGAUUGGCUGGAUUAUCGAAGGCGGAUGAUUACGAACAAGUUAAGCAAGUCUGUGAAUAUUAUUCGGACUAUCGUGCGCUUUUUGAAGGAUCUGGUUUACAACCGGGAGAAAAAGCGCUUGAAGACAAGUUUUUGGAAUACGAAGUAAAACUGAACGUUUUAUCAUUCUUGCAUCAAUUCCAUUUCGGUGUAUUCUAUGCAUUCAUCAAGCUCAAAGAGCAGGAAAUGAGAAAUAUCAUUUGGAUCGCAGAAUGCAUAUCACAAAGGCAUCGAGCUAAAAUUGAUAAUUACAUUCCAAUUUUGUGA